CUCCGCCACCGUUCCAUCGAUUGAAAAAACAAGGCCUGGCCCAUUACCCAUUGGCUCCCGGUCGUUCUUGUCUCUCGAACGCCCCAAGUCACGUGUGGCCCCAAUCUUCAAUCGUCCAUCUCCUAGAAAUAAAAGAUCACCAAUCAAAAAGCGAAGAAAUCAAGGAAAAGAAAAAAAAGGAAGACCGCUAGUAGUGAAGAACCCACGAACGACGAUGGAGGAUACAAGAAGAAUCAAUGUCGGUAUUUUGGGUGCGACGGGGACCGUCGGGCAGCGGUUCAUCACGCUGCUCUCGACGCACCCCUGGUUCGUCAUCCACAAACUCGGCGCCUCGCCACGAUCUGCAGGCAAGCUCUACCCCAAAGCCGCAAACUGGAAACAAGUCACCCCGAUCCCAUCCGCCGUCCGCGAGAUGGUCGUGCACGAGUGCAAACCCGAGCACUUUGCUGAUUGCGCUAUCAUCUUUUCUGGACUCGACUCUGACGUUGCCGGUGAUAUCGAGAAUGCGUUUAGGAAAGCUGAGCUAGCUGUAUUCUCCAACGCGAAAAACUAUCGCAGGGAUCCCAACGUGCCGCUGAUCGUGCCCCUCGUGAACCCGUCCCACCUGUCCAUCAUCGCCCAACAACAAGCCCUCCACUCCCCGCCUCUCUCCAAAGGCUUCAUCGUCACCAACGCCAACUGCUCAACAACCGGCAUCGUCAUCCCCCUCGCCGCGCUCGAAAAAGCCUUUGGCCCACUCGAGCAAGUCAUCGCGACGACGAUGCAGGCCAUCUCAGGCGGCGGCUACCCCGGCGUGCCCUCCCUCGACAUCCUCGACAACAUCGUCCCCUUCAUCAGCGGCGAGGAGGAGAAGAUCGAGUGGGAGACGCUCAAGAUCCUCGGCGGGCUCACCGAGGACGACCAGGGCCGCAAGCAGUUCGACAUGCACGCCCGCUCGCCCCUCCGCGUCUCCGCGUCGUGCAACCGCGUACCGGUCAUCGACGGACACACCGCGUGCGUGUCGGUCAGGUUCGCGAGGAGGCCCCCGCCGAGCCCGCAGCAGGUGCGCGAGGCGCUCGGGGCGUACACGGCGGAUGCGCUGACGCUCGGUGCACCGUCUGCCCCUGUGCAUACGAUCAGUGUGCAUGAAGAGCCGGAUCGUCCGCAGCCGAGGUUGGAUCGGUAUUUCCAGGAAGGAGCGGGUGUGUCUGUGGGACGGGUCAGACAAUGCCAGGUCCUCGACAUCAAAUUCGUCGUCCUCGCCAACAACGUCUCCAUCGGCGCUGCCACCUCGAGCAUCAUCAACGCUGAACUGGCCGUCCUUCGCGGCGUCGUCCAGGGUUAG